CCAGCUUCUUCCAGGCUCACAACAGUCGUACGAGCCACGCAGGUAGCUGACGCCGUCCACUGCCCAAAAGUAUCAACAACUUCCACACUCUGACCACAGAAACCAUGACCCAAGAGAAGAAACUAAUCGUGGUUGUUGGCGCCACGGGAAAUCAAGGCGGCUCUGUCGCUCGCCGCUUCCUUCAAGACUCUCGAUAUGCAGUCCGCGGCCUAACCCGCAAUACCUCGUCCCCAGCUUCCCAAGCCCUCGCGGCUCAGGGUGCGGAGAUGGUGACCGCUGAGCUCGAUGACCCAAAGACACUUGAUGCCGCAUUUGCAGAAGCAAACAUCAUCUUCAGCGUCACCCAGUACUGGGAGCCCUUCUUCCGCCCCGACUGCCGCGCCAAGGCACAGGAGCUGGAUGUCACCUGCCGUCGUUACGCCUACGACGUCGAGUAUCGACAGGGAAAGAAUAUUGCUGAUGCAGCGGCCAAGGUAGUGGACACAUUGGAGGACAAUGGCUUCCUGGUAUCGACUCUGAGCCACGCCCGGAAGUGCAGUGGCGGCAAGUACACGGACUUGUAUCACUUUGACUCCAAGGCUGAUAUCUUCCCUGACUAUGUGCGGGAGAAUUACCCCGCUCUAGCAGCGAAAAUGUCCUGCGUGCAAACCGGCUACUUCAUGACCAGUCAUGCCAUCCUUCCAAAUUCGUACUUUCAAAAGCAAGCCGAUGGCUCCUUUCACAUGCGCUUGCCAUGCUCGCCCAACACAUUGGUCCCACAUCUGGAUGUCAAUGGCGACACUGGAAACUUUGUGUAUGCCGUUCACCAGAUGCCUCCGGGCAAAAACUACAUGGCCAUGGGCUCCCACGCAACCUGGCCUGAGUACCUGCAGGCAUGGGCAAAGGCAGUUGGACUCCCCGCGGAAAAGGCCGUGUAUGUACAAGUGUCAGUAGAUGACAUGAUAGCAGACACCGCGGAUAGAGAUACGGGUGUUGAGGUGGCGAUGAUGUUUGCCUACUCUGAUGAUCCUGGGUAUGGAGGUGGAAUGGAUUUGGUGACGGCAGAGGAUAUGAGGAAGGCGGGGAUUGAGUGUCCCAUGACCAGUUUGGAGGAAUGGAUGAAGAAGCAGGAUUGGUCCGCUGUUUUGAGCAAGUGAUAGGAGACGCUUCAGCGAGGCGGAGGAAAGCCCCAAGCUGAGGUGAAGUAUGAUGUUAAAGCGGUACCGAUAGAUUGCACGUGGCCGGCGUCCCGAGAAGACGGAACAGACGGGACGACGGGACCCUGAUCAACCAUCCCGUGGACCCUGAAUCUGUGACAGUGGGAUCCAUGUUGCCAGGAUGGUAGGCGCGGGUAAAAUACCAAACGUGAAAGGC